GCUUUAAAUUGCCACAAUUCCUCGUAGCCAUGGGGCCCUCAAUGCGGGGGCCAUCCUCCCUGGAUGAUUUGGUCACAUGUGUGCAUUACCGGAUGCUUUUGUGCAUGGAUGAGGGAGCAUUGUGCACCGUGGGGUGUUGUUGCCGCUCACUGCAGAGCCUGGCGACAGAGCAAGCGCUGUGGCAGCGGUUGGCCAUGUCUCGGGAUCGGCUGGCGGCCUCGCGGUUUCUGGGCAGUUUCAGUCCGGAGGCCCGGUCCCAGGUCACUGGGGAGGACCCGAGCCCCAGCUUGCCUUGCGCGCGCUUCGCUCCGGGCAAGCCCCGGGAAGCUACGGGCACGGUGGACUGGCGGCAAAUUUGCCGGCAGCUGCACCCAGGGAUGGCAGAGCGACCUUGGGAGGAAGACAGCAGCGAGGAAUGCUUCAACUCAGCCGCCUUGUGGACAGAGUUGACAGACGACAGCGGGGCAUACCAAGCCCCAGGCCCCGAGCAUCAGAUUCCAAACGCCGCGGUGCUGGCCUCCCAAUCGCCUCAUUUGUUUUGGAUUGGAGGGGACAGGCUACUGGGCAUCGCUGGCGGGUAUUCUCCGGACGUGGUUGGGGGAGCAGCACUGCACCCGCUCCGGGAGCUGUACGUGCUUGAUUUGCCAAACAUCUCCGUGCACGGUGACGGCAUUACUCACCCAGACCUGAGUGUGCGAAAGCUAGACUGUGGGAUUGCUGGUGGCAUGUUGCCUCAUGGCCACCCUUCCAUGAAUGGAGCAGCCUGCGACUUCGACCCUGUGCGCAGAACAGUUUACUUCUUUGGGGGUGGGGCCCCCCAUUCAGAUGUCAACAAUGCCACGUCAGCGCUGCGGCUGGAGCACUGGGAUGGCGACCAGCCCGUGGCUGAAUGGCAGGUGGUGUCCUCCCCUGGCUCCGUGGAGUCGGGGCAAAUCCCCAGCCCGCGGCAGGGGCUCAAAGGGACGGUCUUUCGCGACGAGUUCGUCGUCUUUGGAGGGAGGUUGCCGGGCGGCAGAUGUACCAACGAAGUAUGGUCGCUCGACCUUGCCGAGGAUCAAGGUGGUUGUGGCUCUACUGCCACAUCGUUGCCUUGGAGGCGCUUGGAGUGCGAUGGGCAAGCGCCUUCCGCCCGAGUGUGGCACUGCGCCUGUCAAGCAGUCCACGGACAAUGGUUCAUCUAUGGUGGGAGCACCUGGCAGUUCGAGGAGCCUUCGGGACCCCACGACUUCCGAACGCUCUUCAUCUUGGAUCUGGCGGAGAGGCGGUGGUCGUGCGUGGAGUCCUCGGGCCCUGUGCGGCCUCCAUGGUCGGUGGCGGGAAGCCUGGUUCCGCUGGGCUGCUGUCAGCUCUUGCUUCUGGGCGGAACUUUGCCCCACAAGCUCGGUGCUGGUGGAUUGAACGCCCACAGUCUUCGGCAGUGGCGCACAUGGUAUAACAGACUGGAUGAGCCUUGGGUGUUCGACCUGGGUACUCAGCAGUGGUUGCCCAGGGAAGCCGCUGUCGCACUGCCCGGAGACUCGGACCAGCUCGAGGAGUACGUGGCUGAGGUGUAUUUGCGGAGUCACCUGGCCGCGUGCUUCCUUCCCCAGCGCCGCUCAGUGGUGGUGUUUGGCGGCUCGCGGUACUUCACAGGCGAGUACUUCAACGACAUCCUGGAACUGCAGCUCCCGGGGCAGAGGUGGGCUGCUGGUUCCAGUUCUCUCCCGGCGGAUGGGAGCGAUGUCAGGACUCGCGGCAUCGCCUGCUGGGCCCCUUUCAGGCUCCGAACGGACUUCCCCACCACUUGCAAGUCGCUGAUGGCCGGGAGGCGACGGUCACUCGAGGAUUCCUAGGACGCCUGCGCGGCAUGCUGCAGGAGGGCAUCAUCAAUCAGGAGCAGUUCAACUCCAUGCGUAUGCUCGGGUGACGGUGGGAUACAGCGCAGUCGGCCCACAUUGAUGCCAAAGAGAGCGAGACGCCCUGUUUCCAAUUUGCCCGGGCGAGGUUCGGUUUGCCAUAGGCUGUUUUGGCUAUUGGCGUUGCGUUG